CCCUCUUUCGCUCUUCCCUCUCUUCUCUGUCUUCACUUCUCUCUCGUCAACACUGAAAGUCUGAAACAACAACAAUAGCCAAACUUCGCAUCAAUCUCUCUCGUAUUAUUCCAGAAAAUUAGGGUUUCGAUUCCUAAUUAACUUAACACUUCACAAUUUUGUCGUCUAAUUUCGAAUCCCUAAAUUAUGGGGAUGAUCAAAUUGGAGUUACGAUGUCCGAAGAAUGUAAACGGAAUCUCAAUUGACCCGAACCCUAGUUGGAAUUUCAAUGAUCUUAUGUCGGAGUUGAGCUCAUUGGAGAAUAAGCUCUACAAUAAUGGUUCUGAUUCUCCGUUAAACCCUAAACCUUUCGUCAAAUCACCAGCUCGCGAUUUUCGCAAGAUUGGAAGGAGAGGAAAGAAUGAGGUAAAGGCGAAGGCAUUCGUAAUGCGAGUGGAUGAUGAUGAUGACAAGAUGGAUGAAGAUGAUGACGAGAUGGAUGAAUCCGACGGCAAAGAUGGAACUGAGGCUAGGAGCUUGGUGCCAGUGAGUCGAUUUACUUGUAAUGAUAUUUAUCUCAGUGAAAGUGAUGAUUCAGACAACGAAGAGAUGCAGCAGAUGCAAGUUUCUGUCAUGGAUAAAAUGGGGGUGGUAGAAGGUGCAUUCCUUGAGCUGACGCACGAACACCAGCUUGGCGUUAAGGAGGAAAUCAGGAACCAACUAGCAGCAUUGGAGACACAGUUGGUGGUUGAAAAGGAGAAGUCUACAUCAGCCCUUGUUCAAGUUGAGAAAAACACUGAUGCUAGACGGCAGAUGGACAGAAAGCUGGACUUGCAUUACCAACGCAAGAUUGCUGAAGCUCUUGAUAAUCACUUAACAGCCAUUCAAAGGGAUCAUGAGCACAUAUCACAGUUAGAAGAAAGAAAAAUAAGAGAUGAUGCUGCUGUUGAAGAAGCCAAAAGAAAAGAGAAAGCUUUGCAAGAAGAAAAAUUGCGCCAACAGAAAGAUAAGGAAGAACAAGAGGCGGCUAAACUGGAGGCUGCUAAAAAAGCUGAAGAGGAGAGAAAAACUGCACAGGAAGCUGAAAAAUUAGCUAAAGAAGCUGCAGAUAAAUUGGACAAGGAAAAGGCACCCUCAACCACAUCAGCUCCAAAUGUGCGAUUGGAAGUAAAGUCAGCAGGUAAGUUAGUCAGGGCUACAGAAAAUGCUCUGAAACUUGAGGAGCGAAGGCUUCAGACUUACAAGGAAUUAGAGGAUAGGAACCAACAGUUAAUCAACUCUGGUUCUCACACGGACUACAACCGCGUAGAACGGGAUAUUAAGAGGACGAUAAGUCAAAUAAGCGGGACAGUAGAAAACGUAAGAUCCAAAGGAACUAAACUAGUGGAGAUCUUGAACAACCCAGCAUGCCCUCAGUCUGUUGUUGUAGCAAUGCUUGCGAAGAAGGUUAUCUCUAUUUAUGAAGCACCAAACACAAAUUUCAACAGUUCUGCUUUUGCAUGUGGCCAUGUUAUUGUUUAUGUUAGCUCACAGGUCCCAGCUGUCAUGGACUGUCUCCUUGCUGAGUUUCACAAAGCUUGCAUCUACACUGUUCCGAAGCAUAUAAUGUACUCCAAGGCUGGUUUUGAAACUGAAGAAGCUUAUUACAAAGCCAUUGGCUAUAGAGAAGAUGGGAAGUUAGAGACAACAGAUUGCUAUCUAGAACGAUUAGAAUCUCUGAUGAAACUAUACGGGGCUCUAGUUCAGACGGAUGCUCGUGUUCAGAACAAACAUGGCUUGGAAGAAGGUUGGGCUUGGCUUGCACGGUUUUUAAACGGUCUCCCACCUAAUAGAUACACCGCUGUUGCUCUCGGAGCUUUCCUAGAAAUGGCCGGGUUUGCUCUACAUAGAAAAUAUAAGAACCAGUUUACGAAGAUACUGAACGCCAUUUCAAGGGAGUUUGUGCCUACACUGAGAGCACGAGACCCAAAUGCUGGUUCAAAAAUAACUAGGAUCUUGGAUUACAUAGAAUCACAGAAAUUUCUUCAGGAGCCAGUUGGAUGGCGUCUUCGGGAAGCGUUGCUGUCAAAUAGUUCUAUUCCAGAACCAGAACAUAAUCAACAGCAAUAUCAUCAACAGCAAUAUCAUCAACAGCAAUAUAAUCAUGCACCAAACAGACGUUAUACUUACCGAAGGUAGUGUUUAAAUGAUAUAGCAGCCUGCUUUAAACUCGUAAUUUGUCCGAAAGUUGGAUCGGCAUUCUUUUUUUAACGCAACAAAGGAGAAUCUUAUUUACUUAGGAUGAAAAGCCUCAAAAGUUAUGUACAAGUAGCAGUAAUACCAUGAAGCCCGACAAAAACUAAAAACUGCUACAUGCUACAUUGAAUGUGCAUUCUAUGUUGAAUGUAGUUGCCAUAAAAUAUUAAAAGUCUUAGCUUUAUCCUAUUGUAUUAUAUGUAGCUUAUAUAGGUGUAGAAUUAUCGAGUCGUUGUUGUUGUACAUGUAGUUCCCGUUGUUGUACUACAAUAUUGAAGUUCGCUUAAAUAAAAAGAGCCUCUUUUUGCAA